UAGCAACUGCACACACAAGGCCAUUUAUUCAGCCCUUGGUUCAUGAUAUCGACCUACGCCGGCGCGUUGGCGCAUGCGUCAUGCUCUCGAUGCCACAAACGGAAGAAACGAUGUGGUAGACAAUUGCCCGCCUGUAGGGAUUGCCUUGCGGCCGGCGUGAGAUGUAGUUUUCAGGAUGAUAGUGGUGAAAUGGCAUCUUUUCCAAUAGCCUAUGUACACCAUCUGGAAGAUCAAAUCCGACAAUUGAGCGCUGCUUCAAAUCAGCAGCAUUUAGAAAAUAUAACACCUACACAAAGUACCACUCAACAAGCUGCUGUCUUUGAACGCCGGAUAUCACACCAAGAAGCACAAUCAGUCGAGCAUGACGAUAACAAUAACCCAUUACCACACUUACAUAACAUGCGAAAUCCGUUGGAGCCUGGGUUUGCUUCUUAUGUACCAGCGGAACAACUACCAGUAAUCAGCACUUCUCCUCAUCUGCACAACGACUCAAUGAUGACAGAGAGUAUUGACUUGGACCCUGACCAACUUGAUCCAAGCUGCCUAGAUCUAUCUUUACACCCGUUGGAGACUGCACGGUGUGAACAGGACGUGGAUAGACGGCAGUCAUCUCACUCGCAAAACACAGCGCCAGCUCCUGUUCAACUUUGCGCCACCACAAAGGAUCAAUAUACGACCUUUGCUCAAGAGCUCAAGACAUUGACGCUUGAAGCCACAGCGGAGCGACACUUGGGCUCCAGUUCCGGUCUCUCGUUUGCAAAACUAACUCAAACAGUGCUCAAGAGGCUCUCGCCUGAUAAAGCCGAUUUGGUAUUUACCUUGAACCAGGACGACACAGCCACCACAUCAUUUUUCAACAUGGACAGCCCCUCUGAUCUAUUUAAUGAAACAAUGUACGAAGAGCUGAGUGGAAGCAUAUCCAUUCACCCGAUCCUCUUUGGGGACUUGUUUUUGACGGAUAUUGCCGAGUUCAAUGGCGAUAUUGUGGAUUUGGCAUGGCCCUCGGACGAAGGGCACGUUCGUGACCUGGUGGAAUUCUAUUUCGCACAUUCGCACACUCUGUACCCAAUACUUGACAAAGACGAAGUUCUACGAUCUAUAGACAAAAUUCAAGGCCAGCCAGAAAAUCAAGCUUCGCAAUCCGCGUUGGAGUAUUUCAGACUCUGGAUGGUGCUAGCUAUCGGCUCGACGGCAUAUGCGUCCCUUUCUUUAACCGAAGAGUCUGAGUCGAUGCUUUAUUAUAGCAAGGCUCUUCUCUAUUUUGAUCAAGCCUUGGAACAGAAUGAAAUGUCUGCUCUGGAAACCCUCAUGCUCCAGGUUUCUUAUUCAUUCUUUAACCAGCUCGGACCAAAUACCUGGUUCUUGGUGGGAACAUCGGCUCGACUCGCUCUGGGGCUAGGUCUUCAUGUAUCGUCAACCUAUGCAAAACUGCCAUUGGACGAGCAACAACGGCGUAAGAGGAUGUUCUUCUCCAUUUAUAUGAUGGAUAGAGUUGUGUCUAUCGCCCUUGGCCGGCCUUUCGCAAUCCACGACGACGAUAUCGACGUUUCGCCAUUUACCGACCAUGAUGCACAUGGCUCUGAUUCAAACGACAUAUUUAUCGGAACAGUCUUGCAACCAAGCCUCUUGUCUGUCCCACUUCACAUCUUAAAGCUGCGGCAGUUAAGCAGCAAAAUUGCGCGACAGGUAUAUGGAACAAAAGAAAAUGCGAACCGAAGUGUAGAAGACGGUCAGCGAAUUCUCACCUCUCUACAACAAGAACUGCUAGAUUGGCGACGAAGCAUACCCUUUCCAUUCCCAGAGUCCGCGAAGCCCGUCCCUCACUUACAUACCCUCUGGUACGAUUUUAACUAUUACACCCACCUAGCCAUGAUAUAUCGUCCGUCGCCCUUGUCUCCAACAUUGACAGCAGAGAGUCUAAAGACUCUAGGCAUGGCAGCAUCCAUGUCAUUGCGGCAAGCAGCAGCCAUGCAUCAACAACAUCGCUUUGCGUAUAACUGGCUUAAUUUCCUCGCCAUCUUCACUGCGACGCUUUCCCUUGUCUAUGCAACCACGGCUCGCGCUGAUGAGCUCUCUGCUGCUGUGAGUCAAUCUCACGUGGUCGAAGAUUUGAAGCUUGCUUUACAGUUAUUUGAAGCUCUGGGUGUUAAGUUUACACCGGCCAAAAAUAUUAAGCACAUGGUCGAACAGAUUCUGCAAAGAUACCAAGCCGUUGCUACAGCUACGGCGUCUCAAUAAAGAGGCAGGCAAAAACAACGUCUGCUAUUAAUUAUACCGCACUGAGACUUGAUGAAUAAAUACUGUAUACUAUUUCAGUAAUAAACUUAUUAAUAUUUGGCAUUAUUUGCACAAUGGUGGUAUUCUGUCGGAACGGCCGAUGGUUCCUUGGAUUUUCGACAACGCGGG